AUGGUAUCAUCUGUUGGUAACCAUGCUUGCCUUGACUUGCCGUUUUCUUGUGGGAUGCAGGUGAAGAUGGAGCUUCAGAACAUGGACUUAGAGAAGGAGAGUAAUCGAGGUUUUGGGUAUCAAGUUGACUUUGUUGGUGGUAAUAAGUCGGAGUGUGUUAGCUUCGAUCUUCGUCCUUCAGAUGCAAUUAACAUAGCUGUUAGAUGCAAGGUACCUAUUCAAGUUAACAAGUAUGUAGCUUAUAGUGAUGGAAUGAGAGUCAUUGAUUCGGGAAAGCUAUCAAAGCAGACACAUGCCUCAGAUGGUUUAUUAUUCACUGAACUAGACAGGCCAAAUGGUCAGCCUUGUUUUGAUACAAAAGAGUUUGACUUAUUGAGGAACAUGAUGCAAGCUGUUGAUGAAGAACGGUAUGAUGAAGCCGAGUGAUCCGAUGGCUGUCAUGUAUCUGAAGAAAAAGGAUGGGAAGCUUGAGGAAGUUGUUCAGACAUUAGUUUUUCACGUGUAUGAUGUUGAUACUAGAUUUCAUAAUGUGCCUGUGAAGGUAAUAUUUUCACUGACAGUACAAUCUAGUGACAGUACAAUCUAGUUCAGGUCAUCAUAUGUAGCUGUGUUGGUGUCACGUGAAGGGAAACAAGUUUGAUGUGAAGUGAAUGGAAGAUGUUUGAAUGUUAUCACGGGUUGAAUGUGUUGAUGUUUUUACCCGUGAAUGUCUUUGUUUGUAAUGUGUGUCGGCUUUUCACUUUUGUUUUUGUUGUAUGUCUUUUGCCCUUUGUAAGGGUUGUAUGUCUUUUGCCCUUUGUAAGGGUUAUAUGUCUUUUGCAAGGACAGUCAUGCUUCUCCAACCCGUGAAUGUUGUAUUUGGUUGUGUGUCUUUUGUAAGUCUAUAUAUUGGACAAGUUUAUCACAACUGCAUUUGCUUCUCA